GAAAACUUAUGACACAUACAUCAAUUAACUGAAUUAAUUUGAUAUCCAGGUAUUUGAUUUGUUGACUUAACCAUGGCCCUCUGGCCCUAUCAAUCGAUGUUAAACAUGAGGACAGUUGCACCCUUAUGUUUUACCAGCCUUUAUGCCAUCCAAACCCUCUGUUCAGUCAGUAGGCCUACACUUCCACUGGGGACCUUCGUGACAGAGUGUCAUGAACGCAACUUCUGGCUGUCCAUCAAGUCCAGCGUUCUGGGUUACAAGGUGCGAUUUGACAUUGAAGAUGACAGAGGAAUCCACUUCCUAUCCGGGCGGCAGGCUGCCGAGUGUGGCUACAGCAUUCUCCACGAUCACCAUGGUAACCUGGUGCUGCGUGUGUCAUACCUGGCCUGCUACGUGGACAGUGAGGCGGACUCUGAGUUCCGGCUGCAGGUGUGGAUUGUCAGCAGGCAGCCAGAUGGGAGUGUGAGGGCAUACCCCCUCCACCUGCACUGCCGUCUGCCCCAGCCCUGGAGCCCCAGGGACAUCCUCUGUGAAGAGAACUACAUGGAGGUCUCCGUCGUACCACAGUUCUCUUUGCCGCAUAACCAAACCAAGCUGAGGAUGGAUGCUCCCCCUAUGUCCAAUGAGGAGAGAAGGCGUCUGAGAGAGGAGGGCCGGGUGUUGUUCUACAGGCCUGGGGAUGUCCAGCAGCAGUCCUGGACGGUGGCGGAGCUCUUGUCGUUGGGAUACGUCAUCGCUGUCACAGACCACCGCGUUGUCCUCCGCGCUGCCUACUCCUCUCCACAGUCCCACAGAUACAUGGACAAGGAGGUGUUGGUGGAGGCAGUCAGUGCUGUCUUUCUGCUCCCAAGCCAGGGCCUUCUGACAGUGGUGGAUGUGUCAGUCGCGUGCAUGAUAAAUGAUGUUUUGGUGGACAGGGAGCAUCUGGUGUGGUCAUCUCCUCUGGAGCUCCAUCCGCUGGUCCAGGGAGUAUUUCAGCACCGUGGCGUGAGGCUUGGGCUUGGCACUCAGGCCCUGAGCGAGUGCUCGGCCCGCGACCGCGGCUACCAGGUCGCCACAAAUGACGGAGUGCUGCAGGUCAGGAUUCCAUUCGGGGCAGACGGAACACUCACGCGGGCUGUUGAGGUGGAUGGGGAGCUCUCCCAGGUCAUCUCAUUCCACCUUUUCCUCCUGCAUGAGUGGCAGGAUGACCUGCUGCCAUUAACUCAACAUCGCACCUUCAGACUGCUCCAGUCUCCUCACCUGCCCCACACACCAGAAGUCAUCAACGACACGGUGUGUGCUGAGAGCAUCUUCUCCGUGACGGUGGGUAUGUUCCCAAGGGAGAUGUUCCUCAAGACGUUGUACAUCGGAGAGGAUUCCGUGGCGUUGCCGGAGGCACAGCAUCAAGGCCUGCACAUCACUCCGAUACACUACCGGAACGGCAGCCACAUCUACCAACUAAGAGUACCUUUCUCUUACCCAUCUGUCGCACAGAAGCGCAUCAGAGGAGGCUACAAGAGACGGAGUCUGGCCUUCACCCUCACCCUCGGCCUUGGCCUUGGCCUCACAUCGCACGAGUUCAACUACACUGCCACGGUAGUGUGUGAUGAAAAGGAGGCAGCAGCAGACUCUCCCCCCUGGCUGGAGGGUAUGUGCGGGGAGAGCGGUGUGCAGGUGCGCCUCCACUAUGGCUCUGGGCCGCGGCCGUGGGAGUUGUAUGUGGGGCACCGGAGGCUGGACUGGGAGCUGGUGGAGCUGGGCCAGUUGCUGCUCGAGGUGGAGGACGACCAUCUCAGCAUGGAUAUACCGCUCUCUGCCCCUGGCAUAACAUACGAGAACAUAACACUGCAGAGCAUAGUGGCAACGGUAGAAGUGAGCGUGGUUGACCUGGACACGUUCCAAGUGCCACAAAAACUGACACAGCAUUGCAGCUUCCCUGGAAGAGAUUUACUGGUGUGUCUUCCUGAGGGGAGGAUGGUGGUUAUCGUGGACACGUCUCGCUCCAUUCCCCCUACACCUCCAAACAGCACCACCCUGGUGGACCCCUCCUGUGGACCCAGCCAAACGGACAGCACCAGGGCCCUGUUCAACUUCUCCCUCAAUUCAUGUGGUACCACUCAGACUAUGGAUGGAGGUUUCCUGGUGUAUGAGAACCAGGUGGUGUACAGGCCUGAUGAUCUGGAUCCAACCGAGGAGCCUGCCAUCCACAGACACCCCCCCUACAGGUUGACCAUUCAGUGUCGUUUCCCGAUGAAUCGCAGUGACCUGGUCUCGUUUUGGCGUCCAGUGGACCCACUGGCAUUGCCCCUGACGCCCUCAGAGGGCCACCAGUCUAAGCGCGAGCUUCCCCGGAGAUCCAUUCGUAGAGGUAAAAGAACAACAAGGAACUUGUAUGGUUGGAAGGACUGACAUGAGGGGACUUGGUGGUCUCUCUGAACAAGGUCUUUAAAGAAGGCUAUGGAUCUGUAGGGUGGUGCUCACCCACUUCACAGACAAGAAGACAGAGAUGGAGAUGGCCACUGUGAAUACUCUUCACCAACUACAAAUGACUGAAAAAUGUGUGGCCUUUCUAGAAUUUUCUGUUUAUUUUCAUGCCUAGUCUAGCUACGUGAUAAGGACACAUUGUUCCUUGAAUCUGCCAAGGCCCUGGGGAAUGAAUACCUAUCUUUCAGGAAAAGGCUUUGGCAGAGAUAUGAUCUUUUUUUUUGCUCAUUAAAAGAAAAUAUCCAGUGCUUUCUGUUACUUUUCAAAAUGUAACCUUUUGAAACUUUGUUUCAAAGUAUAACUUUCAAUGUUUCUGUAUCACCUGAUUUGAAAUCAAUAAAUAGGCCUACCGGUAUCUCACAAAUAACCUA